AUGGGCGAGGGAUCCCGCCUUUACUACACAGGAAACAGCAGCCGCCAGGACGGAGUUGCGAUCACCGUCAGCGCAAAAUACCGCGAAUUAGUGACCAAAGUGACGUGUGUUUCAAACAGACUGAUGGCGAUGAAGAUCGAGGCAGAUGACGCCGAACUCCGAGGACUUAACACCUUGCUAAGAACAUUCGAUGCCGCGAACUACAUCUUCAUAAGAGGCGAUGUUAACGGGCAAGUUGGCCAUGCACACGAUGGAAUCAAGUGGUACCAUGGCGGAAAUGGAUAUGGACGGAAAAACGUGGACGAAGAACGCAUCUUGAAAGCCGCCAAAGGACACGAUUUGGCUUUUGCGAAUAUCAUUUGCCAAUGGUGA